GCUGCGGUUGCGAGAACACAGAAUUCAAGUGCUGCUCGGAUGGAAGAACCCCGGCGAAGGGUCCGAACUUUGCCGGCUGCACUUGCGACGCCUCGAAGUACGGAUGUUGCCCGGAUGGGUCCGAGGAAGCUCAAGGAGAGAACUUCGAGGGCUGUCUCUCGGUUCCACCUACUCCUGGGGCAGCGUGCGCCUUGGAGAGGGACAGAGGACCCUGUCGAGACUUCACCGUCAAAUGGUACUUCGACACGGAGUACGGUGGAUGCUCGCGGUUCUGGUACGGAGGCUGCGAGGGUAACGACAAUCGAUUCAAGACGCAGGAAGAGUGCAAAGAAGUGUGCGUACAGCCGAAAGGCAAAGAUGCCUGCAACUUGCCAAAGAUCUCCGGACCAUGCGAGGGAUAUUUCCCUACUUGGUAUUACGACACUGGUAGAAAACAGUGUGGACAGUUCGUCUAUGGCGGCUGCCUCGGGAACGCGAAUAAAUUCAAGACCAGGGAAGAGUGCGAAGAACUCUGUGUCACUCCUGAUGAUCUCGAUCUCUUGCAUUCUACUAUGUGCGAAGAUCCUUGCGAGCAGUCGAAAGAGCCAGGCCCCUGCGAGGGCAACUUUACCAGAUGGCACUUCAACGCAGAAUCGCAAGCCUGUGAGCAAUUCCGCUACGGCGGCUGCAAAGGAAACGAUAACAACUUCGCGACGGAAAUCGCUUGCCACCAACAAUGCUUGCAACCAGGAAGGAGACGAGACGUGUGCCACCUGGAGAAAGAUACCGGCCCUUGUCCGGGCUCUGUGUUACGCUGGCAUUAUGACGCCGUGCGUCAGACGUGUAGCCAAUUUCUUUACGGCGGUUGCAAAGGCAAUGCCAAUAGAUUCCGUACGCGUGCUGCUUGUGAGCAGCGCUGCCCUGU